UUUAGACUACAGACAAAGAUGGCCGCGGACUGUCAGGCGAAAUAAUUCUCACUCUCUUGUGAUUUUCUUCUAAUAUUGGCCAAUUUUCGACAGUUUCUUGAAGAAAUGGGUUUAUCACAGAGUUCAGAAGUGUCCGAGGGAGGGACGUAUGGAUACCAUGUGCACAGCGUGCAGCCCAACUCCCCUGCAGAAAACGCUGGACUGCAGCCCUUCUUUGACUUCAUUCUGUCUCUGGACAACAGAAGACUGAAUGAGGAAAAUGAGCAGCUGAAGGAGAUUCUGAAAGCCAGCGUGGAGAGAGCAGUGAAGAUGGAGGUGUACAGCACUAAAACCCUGACGCUUCGGGAGCUGGAGGUCAUGCCCAGUAACUUGUGGGGAGGGCAGGGUCUGCUUGGUGCCAGUGUUCGCUUCUGCAGCUACCAAGGAGCCAACGAGAAUGUUUGGCACGUGCUGGAUGUGGAGGCCAGUUCUCCUGCUGGACUGGCAGGGCUUCAGCCUCACACUGACUACAUCGUUGGAGCAGAUCAAGUGAUGCAAGAUUCGGAAGACUUCUUCUCGCUGAUCGAGGCGCAUGAAGGGAAGCCCCUGAAGCUGCUGGUGUUCAACGCACAAACAGACACCUGCAGAGAGGUGGUGGUCACACCUAACGGAGCGUGGGGCGGAGAGGGCAGUUUGGGUUGUGGGAUUGGCUAUGGCUACCUGCAUCGAAUACCUGCAAACCCUGAAGUAUCCACGGCAACACCGCCCCCCCCUGUUCCUGAGGUUCAACCCUCUCCAGAGCCGCCGGCUCAUGGAUUCAUGGAGACACCUUUGAUUGCACCUUCAUACCAAAGUGAUGAUGUAGUAGAGCUGGAGCAGGUCAACCUCCAGGAAGCUCCUCUACCUCCCCCUGUGCAGAGAGUCAUGGACCCCGGUUUCUCCGACUCUGAGGGGGCGUUGAUGAACCCUGACCCGUCAGACCUCAUGGACAGACUGGAUUUGUCCAUGUCGUCCAUCGACAUGACCAACACCUCACUGGCCAUGCACGAGGAGAAGGAAGGUGACAUCUCUGGUGUUGAUGUGCUGGAGGACAGCAUGCUGGUAACAUCAUCAGCAGACCAGACACAAGAGCUGAGCUCUCAGGAGGUCAUGGACCUCUCCUCUGCUCUCUCUGCCAACGACACGUUGUCAGAUUCAGGCGUCCCACCAGCUGAAACGUCUCACCUCAUCUCUGAGGCCUCAGAAUCGUCUGUCUCUUUGUGUGAGACCAGCGGUAGUCCACCUGUGGGUGAGACACCUCUCCCUGCUGAGGCCCCCGAGCCUAAUGCUGAGCCCCCUGUCUCAUCUGAAGACCCUCGCUGCCCUUCCCCAGUCGACCUCCUCCAAUCCUCUGAUGUGACCGAGCCGACAGUGGACGAUUCUCUUGCCCAGGCCAUCGAGGAAGCAACAGGGCCAGAGGAGGAGGAGUCAGAAGAGCCUCUAGAUUCAGCUCCUGCUCACCACUGCAGCCAUGAGAGUGAUGAGGAGGAAGCAGAAGAGCAGCAUCUUGAGUAA